CUAGGGUGAGUGAGGAACAAAAAACAGAAGCAGGCAGCAAGAGUCUGGGUAAGGAGAAAUGGAGUGGUGCGUGUCAAUGCCAAAGAUAGAACUACAUGUUCACCUCAAUGGAUCCAUCAGAGACGCCACACUUCUAGACCUCGCCAGAGCUUUGGGUGACAAGGGUCUCAUAGAUUUCUCCCAGGUCGAGCAUGUUAUCCUUAAAAAUGAUCGUUCAUUAAGUGAGGUAUUCAAGUUGUUUGACUUAAUCCACAUUGUUACGACCGAUCAUUCCAGUAUUACCAGAAUUACCAAAGAGGUUGUUGAAGAUUUUGCAUCUGAGAAUGUUGUAUAUCUGGAGCUGAGAACCACACCAAAGAAAAAUGAUUCCCUAGGAAUGAGCAAACGCUCUUACGUGGAAGCUGUUCUGGAAGGUCUAAGAGCUAUCAGUUCAGUAGAUGUGGCUUUCAUUCCUAACAGUGAGGAGCCUGUGAAUCUUUCAAGCACAUUACUCUCAGAUGCGAGUGAUAAAUGUAAUGGAAACACUAGAAAAAAAAUAUUUGUCAGGCUCCUCUUGAGCAUUGACCGUAGGGAGACAACAGAAGCGGCAAUCGAAACGGUCAUGCUUGCACUGGAAAUGAGGCGUUUUGGGGUUGUUGGAAUUGACCUUUCUGGGAAUCCAGCUGUUGGUGAAUGGACUACAUAUCUGCCAGCAUUGAUGUUUGCUCGACAGCAAGGUCUUUAUGUAACUCUUCAUUGUGGAGAGGUAUCAAAUUCAAAGGAGAUACACAAUAUGCUUGACUUUCUCCCACAGAGGAUUGGGCAUGCUUGUUUCUUCGAGGAAGAACAUUGGAGAAAGCUGAAGUCGUCUAACAUUCCGGUUGAAAUUUGUUUGACAUCAAACAUUAGAACAUUGUCUGUUCCAACGAUAGAUGCACAUCAUUUUGUUGAUUUAUACAAUGCAAAACAUCCUUUAGUUCUGUGUACUGAUGAUUCGGGCGUAUUUUCUACCAGUCUCUCCAACGAAUAUAAGAUCGCUGCUUCUACAUUUGGCCUUGGACAGAAGGAAAUGUUUGAGCUAUCAAAGAACUCCAUCGAGUUUAUAUUUGCAGAUGAUGUAGUAAAGGAGGUUUUAAGAAAAACUUUUGAUUCAGCAGCUAAGAGUCUGACAUUGUAGGUAGAGUGUCACACUGGUGAUAUGGUGAUGUUUUUAGGUAUAUGUUGAUGAAGUGACUCUCGUAAGAGCCAAUUUUAUAUUUGACCACUUGGAAUAAUGGGCGGCUUUGAAAUAGUCCACUUUGCCAUACAACUGAACAAAAUACCCUUUUGGAGGCUUCAAUCCAAACAGCUUAGGCAGUAAUCCACCUUGUCUGUUAAGUUGAUAGAUAGGCAUAUGUGAAAGGUAACAAAAAUUGACUACAAUGAUUUUUCACCCUGGACUUCAUUAUUGAUGAUCGUUAAGUUUGCAUU